AUGGCGCCUAUUGCGUUAGCGCGUUUGGUCGCGUUGCAGGCCCAUCGGAAGGCCGAGAUCGAGCAAAUCGGGUCUCGAAUGAGGGAGCGCGCGCCCGACACGCUCAACCGUGUCAUCGUGCAAACUCGUGUAGAUACUAUCAGGGAGAUCUGGGCCGAAGCCCGCAAGACGCACCACGACAUUACCUUACGUGCUGAAUCAGAGGAGCAUCCGUACACUGUCGAAAACGAGUUUCAAGCGAUGCGCUGUGCUUACGAGGACGCUUCUGACUGGCUCAUCACGACCCUCGCUAACCUCCCGUCGGAGGACAAUCACAAUCCGCGCAGACGUACACGCGAGGACGAUGAGAUAGAUGACCAACUCGCGAAACUCCCACGCUUAGACCUACCGUCGUUCUCGGGAAAUUAUGAGGAUUGGGACAGUUUCGCGGACAUAUUCCGCACUCUUGUGCACAAUGCUCCACGUCUCGCCGACACGGCGAAGCUUCAAUACCUUAAGUCGUGUUUGACAGGCGCUGCAGGGGAACUCGUGAAAGAUGUAGCGAUCAUUGGAGUCAACUAUAUUUCUACCUGGAAAGCGCUUCAUGAUCGUUUCCACAACCCGCGCUUAACCAUUAAUAAGUUGCUCGACUCGCUGUUCAACAUGCCGUACUUAAAGAAAGAGUCUGCUGUGGAUUUGAGCGCGUUCGUCGACGAAGUUCAGCGAAUCAUCCGUGCACUCACCAAUCUACGAACACCCGUACAGCACUGGGACAUUUGGCUUGUGCACGCAAUGGAGAUACGUCUAGAUCCUGAGUCGAGAAAGAUCUGGGAGAGCGAAUUAAUCUAUCGCGAACGGCAGACGACCACAAUCACGAUCGAAGGAUCAGAUGGAAACCCAUGGCGCUUCGCCAAGUUCGUGGAUCUAGUCGCGUUCUUAGAACGAAGGGCUCAAUCACUACUCGCGAUUCAUGCAGAUAAGGACGAGAAAAAAGGACCGUCUACCAACAGCUCGAACCAUAACUCGCGCCGCGUUCAUCACGCUAACGCAUCCUUGCCAGCGAGAACGUCUAGGUGCGCUCUAUGUGCGGGAGAGCACUUCAUUUCGCGUUGCCCGACUUACCUUGCUAAAAAGGUCCACGAACGUCAGAGCGACGUGCGUCAAUUGAAGCUCUGCUUUAAUUGCCUCGGCCAGCAUAAGUUCAAUAAGUGCAGGUCGACGUACACAUGCAAGGUCUGUCGUGAAAAACAUCACUCGACGCUCCAUCGACCGAGUAACAACCCUAGUAGCGCCGCGCCCAAAAGCACGCAGAAUGGCACGAAUGCGAGUACCGAAUCGGAAGUCCGAGCGAAUGUCGCACGAAUAGGCGCACACCGCGGCAUCGCGGCGCAUGCAUGCAACAGGAGUGUGCCCGAAGAUGACUGCCCAGUUCUCCUAGCCACCGCCUUGGUGAAAGUCGCAAGCCCCGAUGGAAGGGAAGUCGGUGCUCGGGCACUCCUAGACCAGGGUUCUGAGGCGACCUUCGUGUCCGAGUCGCUUGUUCAACUGCUCGGACUCUCGAGGGAUCGCGUACACACUAAUUUAACCGGUGUGGGAGGGUGCGCGGCUGGAUUAGUAAAAUCCGCAACUCGCUUCACAUUACGAUCACGAUCGGACGCGAGUUUUCAAAAGCAGGUCAACGCGUUUAUCUUACCACGACUUACCUCUGAUUUGCCAUCGCGCGCCUCCACGAAACAGGACCUCACGCAGCUUGAGGUUUUACCUUUGGCCGAUCCUUUCUUUAAUACGUCGGGUCGGAUCGAUCUGAUGAUCGGAGCCGACCUCUACGGUCAGCUGCUGCGCCCGGGCCUCAAGCAGGUUUCGAGCUCGGGCUUGGUCGCGCAAAACACUGCAUUCGGGUGGAUAAUAUCGGGCCCCACUUACAAACCCUCGUCACGGCGGGCGGUACACGCAAACUGUGCAUCGAUCAAAGUCCUUCGGUGCGUAGUCAAUAGUGACCUGAGCGAGCUGCUACAACGCUUCUGGACGCUUGAGGAGGUGCCGGCCGUCACCGAUUCACUAAAACCGGACGAUAAAGCGUGCGAGAAGUUUUUUACUGAAACGCAUAAGCGAGGAAGCGAUGGUCGUUACCAGGUACGCCUUCCGCGUGUAGAAGAGAUACCGCGCGUCGGUAUGGAAACGCAGCGUAUGGCCUUGUUCUCGUUGACGUAUCAGCACAAGCGCUUGGCUCGUGAUCCGCAGCUCAACCGCGCGUACACGGAAUUCAUGCAGACCUACUAUGACCUCGGCCACAUGGAGCGGGUCCCCGACCAUGAGAGAAACAAUCCCUACGCGUGGUACCUGCCACACCACGCGGUUAUGCAGGCUGCCGCGAUACCGCCGAAGAUACGCGUUGUUUUCGAUGCGUCGCGUCAAACUCGGGACAAGCACAGCUUGAACGACUUUCUCAUGGCCGGGCCCCCGCUUCAAAGUGAGCUUGACCUCAUUUUACUCAAUUGGCGUAGAUAUCGCUAUGGCUUCACUGCCGACAUAGUGAAAAUGUUUCGACAAAUUCGUGUAGCGCGCGAAGAUCAGGACCUCCAGCGCAUCGUAUGGUCACCUGUCGCCGAGUCACCCCCCAUUCACUAUAGACUGACGACGGUAACCUACGGUACUUCCUGCGCGCCAUACCUAGCUAUUCGUACUCUUCUACAGCUAGCUCGCGACGAAGAGAAACGCUUCCCACUCGGCGCGGCCUGUCUCGAGUCAGAAACGUAUGUCGAUGAUACUUUCGCCGGCGCGGACGACCUCGCAAGCGCCAUACAGAAACGCGACGAAUUGAUAGCCAUCCUGAGAUCGGCCGGCGUCAAGUUGGACAAAUGGGCGGCUACGCACCCCGAGCUACUACCUUCAAGCACGACGCAAGGCAACGGCUGCGUGUCGAAGGAAAUCGACAGCGAGAAGGCAGUGAAAACCCUCGGUGUGCACUGGUCGCCUUCGCUGGACUGCUUCAGUUUCACCAUCGGUGAGAUCGAGUGCCGUCGCGAAAAACUGACCAAGCGAACUAUCUCCUCCGAUAUCGCGCGCUUAUUCGACCCACUAGGCUGGCUCGCGCCAAUCACCAUGACCGCAAAGACCAUCCUGCAAGAUUUAUGGCUCGAAAAGGUAGACUGGGACGCCCGCGUGUCAGGUGAAGUUUUUGAUAGAUGGCUCACCUACUGCCGCUCCUUAGGCCUUCUCUCGUCGUUAUCCGUGCCUCGUUGGUUAGGCCUCUCGCAGCGUAAGUCAUACGAGGUACAUGGCUUUUCGGAUGCCUCCAAACGUGCGUACGCUGCCGUUGUCUACCUGCGGAUUGAUAACGGUGACGGUACCUUUGCCGUUUCGCUACUCGCGGCUAAAACAAAGGUCGCGCCCGUGAAAACUGUUAGCAUACCUAACCUUGAGUUGCUCGGCGCAGUGUUGACAGUUAAGCUCGUCCGCCACCUGCAGGGGCUCGAGUUCGUGAGGUCCGCGCCGGUGCGCCUAUGGUCAGACAGCCGAAUCGUCCUCAUGUGGCUUAAAAAACAUCCGUGCCACUGGAAGACGUUCGUCGCUAACCGCGUCUCGCUCAUACAGACCGAGUUACCUUCUGCGACGUGGGAUCAUGUACCCACGAAACAGAACCCGGCUGACAUAGCUUCUCGCGGCGCUACCCCCGCCGAACUAAAAUCGCUCGAUCUAUGGUGGCAGGGUCCACCCUGGCUCGCUUCUCACUCACAAGCAUGGCCUCAGUCGCCAGAAACGGUGCAAAUCUUGCACACAAAGUCGAGAAAUGACGAACCAGAGAUGUUGUCGCGGUAUUCGACCUUAACCAGAUUGACACGCGUGACAGCUUGGUGUUUGCGACCGUUUUUACAAUAUACGCGGCGCAAGGCGCAAGAGGGUUUAUACACCCCGUUCCUCUCGACGGCAGAGCUCGACAACGCCCGGCAGGCGAUCUUGAAGCUUGCUCAGUCGCACGUAUUCGCCUGUGAGAUCGAGCUUUUACGGGACGGUAAGGGCCUGCCCAGACGACACGCUUUGCACUCAUUGAGGCCGUUCCUCGAUAGCGACGGAGUCUUGCGGGUGGGAGGCCGCUUAAGUAACGCGCCGCUACCUUCUCACGUGCGAAAUCCGCCGAUUCUACCUCGUCAAUCGGCCCUUAGUCGAUUAUUCGUCGCUCAUGCGCACUGUAAAGCCCUACAUGGUGGACCUACUCUAACCACAAGUGUUCUGUUGCGAUUCGCAUGGAUCAUAGGUAUGCGUGCGCUUAUCAAGUCCGCGAUCCGCAAAUGCGUAAAGUGCCAACGCCACAAACCCCGCUUGGCCCAUCAACUAAUGGGCAACCUACCAGCCGAGCGAGUGACGCCUGCUCGCCCUUUCACCACCACCGGCUUGGACUACGCCGGACCGUUCCAAGUGCGUACCUCCAAGGGCCGUGGCCAACGCGCUUUCAAAGGAUAUAUCGCCUUAUUUGUUUGUUUUGCCACCAAGGCGAUACAUCUGGAACUGGUGAGCGACCCAACAACACCUUCAGACGACAUGUCGCUUGUCUCGCACCGCUGA